GUUGGAUCAACGUAUUACCAUGCAUUGCAAAGCCGUAAUAAAAUGAAGAAGAGUAAAGUUUUUGAUGAGCGUUGAUAAUAAUAAGAAGAAGAGAAAUAUGUUGCGGAAUUGAAUUCAAGGAAUCAGAAUGGCGGAGUUCGUAGAGUUAGAAUCGCUCGACGGCGUCCGAAUGGCGUGGAACGUGAUCCCGGGCACGAAGCAAGAGGCCAGCAACUGCGUGGUACCGGUGUCCGCCAUCUACACCCCAAACAAGCCCUUCCCAAACAUGCCCGUCCUCCCCUACUCCGCACUCCGCUGCCGCACCUGCCGCUCCGUCCUAAACCCCUUCUCCAUCGUCGACUUCGCCGCUAAGAUCUGGAUCUGCCCCUUCUGCUUCCAGCGCAACCACUUCCCCCCCGCCUACUCCUCCAUCUCCGAUGACAAUCUCCCCGCCGAGCUCUUCCCCCAAUACACUACCAUCGAGUACGACCAAACUCCCUCAUCCUCCCAAGCCCCUCCCCCGCCUGUCUUCAUGUUUGUCGUCGACACCUGCGUCAUCGAGGAGGAGAUGCUUUUCCUCAAGUCCGCGCUGUCCCAGGCCAUUGAUUUAUUGCCCGACAAUUCCCUGCUGGGGCUGAUCACAUUUGGGACUUUCGUGCACGUCCACGAAUUAGGGUUCGGGCAAAUCCCCAAGACGUACGUGUUCAAGGGGUCCAAGGAAGUGUCCAAGGACCAGCUCCUUGAGCAAAUGAACUUUUUUGCCAAGAAGCCCAAGCCCGCCACUGGUGUCAUUGCUGGUGCUAGGGACGGGCUUUCUACUGAGAGCAUUUCGCGCUUUCUGUUGCCCAAGUCCCACUGCGAGUUCGCCCUUAACUCGGUUUUGGAGGAGUUACAGAAGGAUCCUUGGGCGCUGCCUGCCCACUUGCGGGCUACUAGGUGCACCGGCACGGCGUUGAGUAUCGCGGCCAGUUUGCUAGGAGCGUGUGUUCCUGGUUCUGGGGCUAGAAUUUUGGCGUUUAUUGGUGGACCAUCAACCGAAGGCCCCGGUGCUAUUGUAUUGAAGAAUUUGUCUGAACCAAUUCGUUCUCACAAGGACCUAGACAAAGAUGCUGCUCCACUUUAUCACAAAGCUGUGAAGUUCUACGAGGGACUUUCAAAGCAGCUUGUACAUCAAGGACAUGUGCUAGAUCUUUUUGCUUGUGCACUCGACCAGGUGGGGGUUGCUGAACUUAAAAUUGCAGUUGAAAGAACUGGAGGGCUUGUAGUGCUUGCAGAAAGUUUUGGCCAUUCAGUGUUCAAGGAAUCACUGAGACGUGUUUUCCAGACGGGCGACUGUGAUCUUGAUCUAUCAUCAAAUGGUAUAUUUGAGAUUAACUGCUCGAAGGAUAUCAAAGUUCAGGGCAUUAUUGGUCCUUGUGCUUCUCUUGAAAAGAAAGGUCCUUUGUGCUCUGACAAUGUUGUUGGCCAGGGGAGUACUACUGCGUGGAAGAUGUGUGGCCUUGACAAAGCCACAUCUCUGUGUCUUAUUUUUGAAAUUGUAAAGAAGGAAAGCCCAGAUGCUACCAUUCAAUCCACAAGCAAUCAAUUUUACUUCCAAUUUUUAACUUAUUAUCAGCAUAACGGUGGUCAAACGAGACUUCGUGUUACGACCCUUUCAAGAAGAUGGGUUGCUGGACCGGGAAGCAUACAGGACUUGAUUGCUGGAUUUGACCAAGAAGCAGCUGUUGUAGUCAUGGCAAGACAGGUCUCUUUCAAAAUGGAAACUGAGGCUGAGUUUGAUCCUAUAAGAUGGUUGGAUAAAGCAUUGAUAAAUCUAUGUUCUCGGCUUGGAGAUUACCAAAAGGACAGUCCAUCUUCUUUCAGCUUGUCUCCACGACUUUCAAUAUUCCCCCAGUUUAUGUUUCAUUUGCGACGUUCUCAGUUUGUUCAGGUUUUUAACAACAGCCCUGACGAGACUGCAUACUUCAGAAUGAUACUGAACCGAGAAAAUGUUGCCAAUUCAGUUGUGAUGAUUCAGCCUUCAUUGAUUUCUUACUCAUUUCAUUCAGGCCCAGAACCUGCCCUUCUUGAUGUGGCCUCCAUUGCAGCUGACAAGAUCCUGCUUUUGGACUCAUAUUUCACUAUUGUUAUUUUUCAUGGUGUGACAAUAGCUCAGUGGCGAAAAGCGGGAUACCACAAUCAACCUGAACAUCAGGCAUUUGCCCAAUUGCUGCGAACUCCUCAUGAUGAGGCACAUGCCAUAAUGAAAGAAAGGUUUCCAGCACCUCGCCUAGUCAUUUGUGAUCAGCAUGGCUCUCAGGCUCGUUUCCUUUUAGCAAAAUUGAAUCCUUCAUCCACAUAUAACUCUGAUGCUGCUCUUUCGGGAGGUGAUGUUAUAUUCACCGACGAUGUUGGCUUUGAGGUCUUCUUGGAUCAUCUCCAAAGAUUAGCAGUUCAAUGAAUCAUAAUAGGGCUCUCUGCCUUUUUUUUUUUUUCAAAUUUUCUUUUUGUCCUUCUCUGAUUUCUUGUACAGUAAUGCAUGACUUAUGCUAAUUUUUGUUAGUUUGGGAUUCAUAAUAUUAAAACCAAAUGAAUUUAACUUUCGGAUCUCA